GUAGGCUGUACCCAGCGAAUUUGUGUACGAACCGUUCAUGAUGCGCCGGGAACCAAUCAGUGAGUAGGAAGCAAUCGAGGAGAAUCAUUUUGUCCAAAAUGGCGGAAGGCGGUGGACCUCCCGAACUUCAAGAACAGAAGACGCAAAUUUGUGAACUGCUUAAGACUCCACUGAAAAAAGGAGACACAUGGUACCUUCUGGAUAGCAAAUGGUUUAAGCAGUGGAAGAAGUAUGUUGGUUAUGACAGCUGGGACAUGUACAAUCAGGGUAAUGAGACCAGCAAUCCAGGCCCUGUCGACAACUCUGGACUCUUUGCUGCUGAUUCCACAGACAAGCUGAAAGAAAAUCUGAUAGAUGACUUAGACUAUGUCCUGCUGCCCACUGAUGCGUGGGAAAAGUUGGCGUCGUGGUACGGUCUCAAGCCAAACCAGGAGUCCAUCAUGCGCAAGGUGGUGGAGUACGGAAUGUUUGUUAAGCACUGCAAGGUAGAGGUCUACCUGAUGGAACUCAAACUGUCUGAGCAUGGCAACCCGGAGAAAUAUGUGUCGCAGCAGUUCAGCAAGGCUGAUACAAUAGAAACCAUAGAAAAAGCAAUGAGGAAGCUAUUUGACAUUAGCGACAAGAGGGAGACAAGAAUAUGGAAUAAGUACAUGAGCAACACCUACGAGCAUCUCAGCAAGAAGGAGAACACGGUGCAGGAUGCGGGGCUGUAUCAAGGACAGGUUCUUGUGAUUGAGCAAAAGAAUGAGGAUGGAAAUUGGCCUCGGCAAACACCCACCACCUCUAGCUACAGUAGCACCAAAGACUCCAAGUUUAUCUCCAGUGCAGCCUCCCCUAGAAGUACCCCAUCCACCUACAGUUCCUACACCAGUGGCUCCUACUCGGGUUACAGCAGCUCCAACUACGACUACAACAGCAGCAGCAGCCGGUCCAGCUUGCAGCCCGGCCUGUGUGGGCUGAGCAACCUGGGCAACACCUGCUUCAUGAACUCAGCACUGCAGUGCAUGAGCAACGUCCCACCGCUCACAGAGUAUUUCCUCACUGAGGCCUACAAAAAAGAGCUGAACUCUAACAAUCCCUUGGGUAUGCACGGAGAAAUAGCCAAAUCCUAUGCUGAGCUGAUCAAGCAGAUGUGGUCGGGGUCGUACUCCUACACGGUGCCUAGAAACUUCAAGAUGCAAGUCGGCCGUUUUGCACCUCAGUUCAGCGGGUUCCAACAGCAGGAUUCCCAGGAGCUGCUGGCGUUCUUACUAGACGGUCUCCACGAAGACUUGAAUAGAAUCCAAAAGAAGCCUUAUAUUGAGAUGAAGGAGAGCAAUGGCAGGCCAGACGAGAUUGUUGCCAAGGAGUCGUGGGACAACCACUUGCGACGGAACGACUCUAUCAUCACCGACCUCUUCCACGGCCAGUUCAAGUCUACCCUGGUCUGCCCAGAGUGCAGCAAGGUGUCAGUGACCUUUGACCCUUUCUGCUUUCUCAGCCUGCCCUUGCCAAUCAAGAAGGAGAGGUCGAUGGAGAUUGUCCUGAUUCGGAUGGAUCCCAAGUGCAGGCCUCUACAGAUGAAAGUUGUCGUCCCCAAGUUGGGCGUCGUAAGCGACAUCUGCAGGGCUGUGUCAAAGAUCACCAAAAUCUCACCAGACAAGAUGGUAGUCACUGAUGUCUACAACCACCGUUUCCAUUUAGUAUUUGGAUCCAACGAGCGAAUCAAAAGUAUUACAGAUAAAGAUGAUAUUUAUGUUUAUGAAGUACCUGUCAGUGUAACAGAUGAGCCUGAGGUUAUCAUUCUCCCUGUCUACCUCCGAGAGAAGAGCUUGAAGAACUCAUCAUACACCUGCAGUCAAAACAGUUACAACCUGUUUGGACAGCCCAUGUUGGUGCCAGUCCCAAGGAAGACGAUAAAAUAUCCAGAGCUCUAUCGAAUCAUGCUCAACAAGAUGUCGAGGUACGUCAGUAUACCAGAAAACAGUGGUUGGACACGCAGCGACAAAGAAGGAAAUGAACUAAUUGAGAACGGGGAGACGGAGAUGGACUCUGACUCGGACUCGACGCCGGACAACAACACGAUCGAGGAGAACGAGAACCUCAAACUGGAGGAAGACGAGGGAGAGGAAAAGAGGCCACUGGGGCUGUUUGGCAUGACCCUGGUCAACUCCUAUGGCAGCGCCGAGCUGUCCAGGCUCAAGGACGACGGCAACCCUGUCAAAUUCACAAGUCGAUCAUAUGUGGCAUUAGACUGGUAUCCCAAAGCUAAAGACAAACUCUACAAUGAUGAAGAGGCUGAGGCGUAUGACAUCCACGAAAGCAUGAACUACGUCACGUCUCGCAGGCAGCAUAUCGACCUGAGCGAUUGCAUAAAUCUGUUCAUCACGGAGGAAACGCUAGAGAAAGAGGAUUCCUGGUAUUGUCCAGCAUGCAAAAAGCACCAAGAGGCUACCAAGAAGUUUGACCUGUGGAAACUUCCCAAGGUUCUGGUCGUGCAUUUAAAACGGUUCUCCUACACUCGCUUCUGGCGAGACAAGCUAGACACCGUGGUUAACUUCCCUCUCGAGAAAUUAGAUAUGACACAGUAUGUAAUCAACCCCAAGGACGGCCCCUACUUGUAUGACUUGGUGGCCGUGGCCAAUCACUAUGGAGGUCUAGGAGGUGGUCACUAUUUUUCAUAUGCAAAGAACGUCAAAACGAAAAACUGGUACAACUUUGACGACAGCUCCGUAACCAGGGUAGACAGUGACUCCGUGGUGACAAAAGGAGCCUAUGUACUCUUCUACAUCCGCAAGGACCCCCAAGGGUCAGCCAAGUCAGGGAUCCCAUCCACUGCCCCUCAGGCCAGAGCCGAUGAGGACGGUGACCUCAGCAAUGGUGCAAUGACAAACGGUCAGCAGUCGUCCAGCGGGGAUGCCUCGGAGGACGGGGAUGACAUGGACACCAAUUAAAAUGCAAGGGUACCAGGGACAUUCGACCCCUGUCUUGCCAAUGCAUUGUUGGUGUCAGCGUCCUUAACAUCACCAUACAUGUCGGCAUUCACACCGCUGGUUGUGACAUCGAAGAGGUUCGCAGAGCAGAGCACUUAUUUAUUGAAGUGUUAAGAGUUGUCAAAUAUCAAAUGCAAACAAUAUAAGACAAUUGUCAAUUUUAAAAUCAAAUCUGGCAAACUUGUGUGUCCCUGUGAAUCACUUUCCGAUAUUAGCUUUCCUUUUACUACACGUUAAGAAAAAACCUUACUCUUGAUCCGUUUUCAAGGAACAUGCCUUUCAAAUAAAAAAGUAAUACAGUGAGCUGAGUUUUUAAAGUAAAUAAGAGAAGCGAUCUUAAGUAUCUUUAAAUGCGGUGUUCCUUUUUUAAGUUCUGGAGUAAAUGCAUUCAGCAAAUAAUUUUACAAGAUGCAAAUAUUGCCGAAGAACAAGCAAAUAUUCAAGUAUUACCCUGUCACGUUUUUAUCUUGAUUUCUUGGGAGCUUUGGUCCAAAUUGUGCACAUGUGUGACAUUGUGGACACCGAAUCCACUAACUGCAACAUCUGCUCAAGCUACUUGCUGUGAUUUCGUGACGCAGGCCGCUGCAUCAGUGUGAGACAGAGAGCACCCCCUGUUCCCGUUAAAAAUAAAAUUAAUCUGAUCUUAAGCCUAGAAACUUUUUAUGCGGUCCACUUUGUCGCUUUGUCAAAAAACAGUCGCCUUUUUCCUGCAGAGUAAGCUGUUGUCACGUGUCAAAAUCCAGUCUGCCAAAUUUGGCACUGCCUUUUUGUGUUCCUUGGCCUUGUAAAAUGAGCACACCAUCACUCCAAGAGCCUCUGUACAUAAUAUACAUUCAUUGUAAAUGCUCAAAUUAAUUUAAUAGCGGUAGUCCAUUUUCACCGUUGAUGAUAGUCACUAAUUUGAUAUCAAAACAUUUCAAUAUCAAACGAAUGGUGUGUGUAUUUCUCGGCCGUAAGAGAAAGCCUACAGCAUGUUGUUUGUGUAUCAUCAUUAACAAAAUUUAAUAACAGCUCAACAUAAACACUAUAACAUGCUGUUUAUCAGAUGUACCUCUGGAACUAUAUGAAGAUAUAAUUAUACAGGGAGAUGUAGAACUUAACCAUUCUUGUACUACGUGUAGCUUGCAUUCAGACUCCAAUAUUCACAGUAGCUUUCCUGGUCAGAUCUUAGGCUGUGUCCGAAACGGGCUUCCAGAGCUACCGCUAGGUCUACUGUCUGGGCGUCUCCACGCAUUUCCAAUGGAGCGAAGACCUAGACCUAGCUCUAGACAAGAGAUUCGGAUGCCCUAGACAAGAGAUUCGGAUGCAGUCUAAGAGACAGUGCACGUGUAUACGUUUUCAAUAAGUGCUCCACUGCAUGUAUAUGACCAUUUUACUACACGGGAACUAGGUUUGGGUCUGGGUUUGGUUCACGGAAGGGGGGUGGAAGCUGUCAAGGGGUGCUAAACAAGUGUCUGUUAUUUUUCUCUUCUUGGCAGCCCAAGGGAUUAAUUCCACCCCCCCCCAAUCCAUCAGUGGAACUGCACCUCUCAACACUGUUUAACCUCAAUAAAAGGUCUAACUUCUUUAAACAUUCAAACAGUGUUACCAUUGGAGAUGGGAACAUUUUGAUUCUGUUAACACUCAACAUUGUGCAUAAUGUUGAUGAAACAAAGUGCAUUUAUCUAAUGUUUACAGUGGUAACACCUUCCGUAGUUGUGACUCCAAAAUUCCAACCUCCUCACGUUGCAUGACAUAUAUAUAUGUGAAGUACUUCACCAAACAUGGCCUCUCCUACUUCAAAGGCUGACAGCGGCUUGGCAUCCCCACUUUACUCUGUAAAAGAAGUGCAUGAUUUGCUGAGUAGUGUUACAUGUUGCUCAAUUAUGAGGGCUUUUCCUCGCCAAAAAAAAAACUACUAGGAAUGUCGGAGCUAAUGAUCCUAUGCCCCUUAGGACUGAGAUCACUUGUAGUCCCUCUUCUACAAGAACUGGUCGUUCUCACAUUAUAUGCUUUGAAAUGGAAUUAAUCCACUAACUUGAGAAAUGCUGCUUCUGUAAGCUUCAAGCCCUACUUGUGAUAUAUGGUGAAACUGAGAUUGAGUGUGUGGCACAUGCUUUUUUAUAAAGGAAAAAAAAUUUUAUCAAAAACCAAGCCUCGUGUGGAUUCUAUUCCCCCGUGGCAUGUGUGUGGCAAGACUCCACAGAGAAAUGACUUACGCAAAAGUUGAAUUGUGGUAUAUUCUUUGACUAGAUGUCUGGUGACCUUACUUGAACUUCCUAGUAUGUGUUCUCUGUUCAAAGCAACUCCCCAAAUGUACGUGAUUAAAAUUCUGACUUAUUUUAGGAGUCUGUUUUUAUUAAACUGCAGAGGAAAAACCUGUGAUAUCAAAAAGAUUUAACUUGCUCUGUGCUUCAAGGGUAUUUCCAAAAAGACUUUUUUUACAUUGCAGUGUAAGAGUACAAAUUUGAUCUGUAGCUCCUUAUGUGUUGACAGUGGUAUCAAUGAUCAUAGGUUGUUAAUUAACCGUAGUUUUCAAAGAAACUUGGAAGUAAGGAGGGAGUUUCAGGGAUUUAAAACAUAAAUAUGCAAAAUGAGAAGAAAGUGAAAGCUGAAAAAUGUGUACAAAAAAAAUUGUUCAAUCUGGUCAAAAUAAAAACCCUCCAAUCCCUGGCUUGUGAAGUUUUUUUCUAUAGUAACAGUGCAUUUUUGUCUUUAAAGCGCACAUAUCCACCUCUUCUGGUGUUCAGGGCAUUACAUGACCAUUAGGAAUUGUGCAAAAUCUUCAUAAAAGUUCUUUUAUACCGACGGCUAUUUCUGUGUGUUAUACAUGCAGAUGUUUCGUUCACCCAUUAGCUGAAUGCGGAAUGGCACAGUUUUCAAUCCAAGGUCUUCAUUUUGACAAUUCUCGUUAUUUAACCAAUCUUUCUUUUUCUUCAACAUUUAAAGUGUUGGUUACUUCUUCUUUAAGACAAAACCAAACCAGGCUCAGUUAUAUUAGAGAAUGUCUUAUAUAUUAGAGAAUGGCUGUGAUGGAAAUUAAAUUGAUUUUCAACAAUUAAUGUACAUUUCUAGGUAUGGGUUUUCUUUUUAUUGAGUUGGAUGAAGAUUUUGACUGUGUUAUUUAUGGUUGUAGAAAUGUCAUCGUCCACAGUAAGCACACUGUGCUGGGAAUUUUGUGUGAAUUUGUGUAAAUAAAAUGUUAAAAUUUGUGAUAAAAUAAAA